GCGCCGCGUCCCGCCGGCGGGCAGCGCAGGGCGGGGUGGGGACAGGGAGGGACGCCGGCCUGUGCUUAAAUGGACGGGAGGACCAGGCUGCCGGACGGCUGGCCUAAGGCUUGGAGGCAGGUCGUUGUGCCCACAAGUCGCCGAGCCCACAAGUCGCCGUCCCCACAAGUUGCGGUGCCCACAAGUUGCCACCCGGCGUGCCUUCCCCACACCGCUGCUGUCCCACAUCCUGUGUGUCAGCCACCAGCUGGCGGGUUCAGGCGGGCCCGGCAGAGAUGGAGUGGAAAUUAGAGAAAUCUGCUGCGAGGAGGAUGAGGACGGAUGAGGAUUUGCUAUGGGAGAAAGUGAUGGGGACGCUCGGAAAAGACCUGAAGCGGAGCAGAGAGCAAAGCCUGCAGCAGGUGACCGAGGUCGCCGCCUCAGAGAGGACGACGUACGCGAGGUUUAAGAGCUCCAUGAAGAAGCAGCUGGUGGCCAGGGGCCCGGUGGCGAGCAGCCCCAUUGUCACAAGAUGGCAGCAGCUGCACGCAGGAGGCCGCGCUGAGGAGCCCAGCAGGGCCUGCAGGGCCCACCACAGUACCCCUGGGGGGGCCCAGCCUGCAGACACACCUGGGGAGACUCCAGAACAGAAAGUACUGCAUACUCGCAUCACCAGCAGUGGUGAAAGCCUUUAUGGUUGUGGGAAAUCAGACUUUGAUUUUGUGUGGAUGACACCUCAGAUACCUAAGAAACUCUCCAUGAGGGAAACAACUGUGACUCUACCCUGCAGUCACACUGCAGAAGGCUUAGAAUGGAGAAAUAACAGGAGAACUAAAAUAGGAAAGAAACAGCUAUUGAAAAACAAACAAAACAACAACACUUCUCCCCCAAAACCAUGCACAUCUCUCCCAUCACCUACCUACAACCUUCUUGCAGUGAUUUUUAGUAGCUUUCUUCUAGAUCUGAACAUACUGGACUGGAACCUUGAAAAUCUCAUUGCUGUUGCUGUAGGACCUGCUGCACACAUCUUGAAUGGAAGAACUCUUCAAGGCAUUGAAAGCAUUGGUUUGAAUUCCUGUUCCAAAUACAUUUCAUCUCUGGCUUGGAUAAAAGAAGGAACUUGCCUUGCAGUUGGCACUAGUGAUGGAGAAGUGCAACUGUGGGACAUUGAAACCAAAAAGAGGUUGAGAAAUAUGUUUGGUCACCUGUCUGUAGUUGGUGCUCUGAGCUGGAAUCAUUAUAUUCUGAGCAGUGGUUCACGACUGGGAUCUAUUCAUCAUCAUGAUGUUCGCGUUGCUCAGCACCACAUUGGGACUCUUUGCCAAAACAAACAAAGCAUUUGCAGCCUGAAAUGGUCACUAACCGACCAGCUGCUCGCAAGUGGAUCUAAUGAUGGUACGUUGAAUAUCUGGCCUAGUGACCCUGGUGUGAAAGUGCAGUCACAGCCAUUGAAGACCAUACCUCACUCUUCAGCAGUUAAGGCUAUGAACUGGUGUCCUUGGCAGUCCAAAGUCCUUGCUACAGGGGGUGGAAUGAAAGAUGGGAUUUUGCGUGUCUGGGACAUAAACCGUGAGAAAAUCAUCCAAAGUGCAGCUACAGAUUCUCAGAUUUGUUCCUUGCUCUGGUUACCUAAAACCAGUGAACUGAUGACUGGACAAGGCCUUCCUGGAAAUCAGAUGAAAAUGUGGGAGUAUCCCAUGCUUGUCAAUUCAUUGAAACUCUAUGGCAAGUAUUUCAGUCAUAAAGGUAGAGUCCUGCAUAUAGCCCUGAGCCCAGACCAGAGCAGGCUCUUUUCAGUUGCGGCUGAUGGGAUAGCUUGUCUGUGGAAAUGCCACAAGUCUGGGAAGAGCAAGCACAACAGCAAGGUUUUUUAUAAUGGUUAUUAGAGCUCAUUCCUGUGACUUCUUUUCCUUGAAAGCAAAUGAUUAAAUGUAUUUCAUCAAUUCAAUAAAAUUCAAAA